UGUUUUGAUGACGUCAUCACGCAUGGCCGCGCUACACCUCGCUGUAUCACAGUCGCCUGUCAACGGAGUCAAAGUCUGUCGGUCACGCUAGUGUGGUAAUAUGAGUGGCAGACUUGACCGUGGCCGGGAUAACAAUGUUUAUUUGCUUUGUUGCUGCAAAGCGCUAGAUGGACCGCAAUGACCGCGAAUGCACUUAUUUAGCCUCGGAAGUAGAUUAGUCUGUCGUAGGCGAGCCGCGUCAACACGAAGGCCUGUGUAGCGUGUUUAGCUAGGAGCCGUUCCCGAUGGCCGUGAUUUAACGGGCUUGGCGUUUUUAUGUUUGUUUGCAAAUUGAGGAGUCUGUUGUACCAACAUAACGGCGUCUAAACCACGUUGUCCUCCUAUUUAUAAUGGCGGAAGAUGAUGCGGUGGCCUUGCAACAGAACCUGGACAGGAGCUGCUGGGUAUGCUUUGCGACGGACGAAGAUGACCGCACAGCAGAGUGGGUGCGUCCGUGUCGCUGCCGCGGUUCCACAAAGUGGGUCCAUCAGGCCUGCCUCCAGCGCUGGGUGGACGAGAAGCAGCGUGGCAACAGCACGGCUCGCGUAGCCUGCCCGCAGUGCAAUGCCGAGUACCUCAUCGUCUUUCCCAAGCUUGGUCCCGUGGUCUACGUACUGGACCUGGCCGACCGACUCAUUUCCAAGGCCGGCCCCUUCGCCGCUGCCGGCAUCAUGGUGGGCUCCAUCUACUGGACCGCCGUCACGUACGGCGCCGUCACCGUCAUGCAGGUGGUGGGCCACAAGGAGGGUCUGGACGUGAUGGAACGGGCCGACCCGCUCUUCCUGCUCAUCGGCCUGCCCACCAUCCCCGUCAUGCUGAUCCUGGGCAAGAUGAUCCGCUGGGAGGAUUACGUCCUGCGCCUGUGGAGGAAGUACUCCAACAAGCUGCAGAUCCUCAACAGCAUCUUCCCAGGGAUUGGCUGCCCGGUCCCUCGCAUCCCGGCAGAGGCCAGCCCCUUGGCCGAUCACGUCUCGGCGACUCGGAUCCUGUGUGGAGCGUUGGUCUUCCCCACCAUCGCCACCAUCGUCGGGAAGCUCAUGUUCAGCAGCGUCAACUCCAACCUGCAGAGGACCAUCCUGGGAGGAAUCGCCUUUGUGGCCAUCAAAGGGGCCUUCAAAGUGUACUUCAAACAGCAGCAGUACCUGCGGCAGGCACACCGCAAGAUCCUCAACUUCCCCGAGCAGGAGGACGCCUGACCACCAAGCUGAUGGACAUCAUGGGGGGAUGGGGGGGGAUGGACUGUUGGUGAUGAAGACUCAACGAUCAGCAUCACCCCCUCUGACCUUCACACCCCAGCAUCUUUUAUUUGGACGCUCCACCCUGGUCAAGAUGGACGCACACACACCAACACACACACACACACCAACACACACACACACACACACACACUAAGCUGCUCCACAAUCAACACUUUGGUCUGGUGGUCAUUGUUGAAGCUUUUAUGCUAGCACUUGUUUUAUGAUGUUCAUUGGUUCCUUACAGUGUUGGAGUUAUUAAAAAGAUGAAUGAAAUGUUUUUGCAAUAUUUCAAACACAACCAGGAAGUAGAAAAUCACCCGCCUGUCAGGAAGCUUUUUGUUGGCUUUCUUUCGUUUCCUGGCCUCGGCAGGCUUCACCUUGAUUGUCUCUUUUUGCCAUCACGUCUUACCUCAAGGGUUUAUUGUGAGGGACGUCGACACGCGUGUGUGUGUGCACACGCACGUGCAAUAGAAAAGCUAAAAGUCGGCCAUUUCACCCGCUUGGUGGCCAUCGCUCAUUACUGUGAAUGUUGGAAUGGUCGACAUUUUCCACUCAGAUUCCCGCUCAGCCGCCACGACCCAACAUGGCCGACCCUAAGAACACUUAAGCUCCGUCAGUUGGGACGACUGUAAAUAAGUUCAUCUCCAAAGUAGGUUUCACUGCUUGGUUUUUACAAAGGUGGGCGUGUGAGUGGGGCCGUUUCCACAAUAAAAGCUGUACAUUGCUGCUGUGUGAUGUAAUACAUGACUUUAUUGUGAAAAGACAUUUGGAAUAUUUAACCUGCAUGUGUAAGCUUGGCAAGCUUUCCCUGCAAACUCAUCGUAGUUGCUUUCAUAACUGAUCUGUCAAUAAAUGUAUUUUUCCAAA